AUGGUUGGGAAGUCCCUGAUUGCUGGUCUGGUGGUCCUUCUGGUGGCUGCAGUGAGCCUGUUCCUGGGGGUGUUCAUGGGUUUGGGGAAGAAAAACACACCUCCCACUUCAGACCACUUCUACUCAAAGGCCGCCGUGGCUGCUGAUGCUGGAAAGUGCUCGGAAGUGGGGAGGGACAUUCUGAAGAAAAACGGCUCUGCUGUGGAUGCUUCCAUCGCUGCCUUGCUGUGCGUUGGCCUUUUGAACGCUCACAGCAUGGGCAUCGGAGGAGGGCUCUUCUUUGUCAUCUAUAACGCUUCCACAGGAAAGGUGGAAACCAUCGAUGCGAGGGAGACUGCACCCAUGAACGCCACUGAAGACAUGUUUGGGAACAACACUAAGCUUUCUCGCACAGGUGGACUGUCCAUAGCCAUUCCGGGAGAGAUCCGCGGUUAUGAGAUGGCACACAAAAGGCAUGGCCGGCUGCCAUGGAAGGAGCUGUUUGAGCCCAGCAUUGCCUUGGCUCGUGACGGAUUUCCGAUUGGAAAAGCCCUGGCUCAUGCAAUCUUCAAAAGCAAGGAUUCCAUUCAAGGAGACGCCAACAUGUGCGAGGUGUUUUGUGAUUCUCAGAAAAACAUCCUGAAGGAGAAUGAUAUUGUUAGAUUCCCAAAGCUGGCUGAAACAUACCAAAGAAUAGCAGAAGAGGGGCCUGAUGUGUUUUAUAACGGCACGAUGGCACAGAGCAUCGUUGAGGACAUCCAGGCGGCAGGUGGUAUCAUCACCCUGGAAGAUUUGUUGGAGUACCAGCCCGUGCUGAAUGAGAACCCUCUGAAGCUGCACGUCGGGGAAUACACCAUACAUGUCCCAGAUGCCCCCUCCAGUGGCCCUGUGCUGGCACUCAUACUCAACAUAGUGGAUGGGUACAACUUCUCAGACACAAGCGUCUCUACAGCAGAGAAGAAAACUCUGACGUACCAUCGAAUUGUAGAGGCUUUUCGUUUUGCUUACGCCAAGAGGAGCAGACUGGGGGACCCUCGGUAUCUCAACAUUACUGAUCUAAUCCAAAACAUGACCUCAGACUACUUUGCUGAUGGCAUAAGGAGCAAAAUUACAGAUGACACGACCCACCCAGACAGCUACUAUGAGCCUGAGUAUUUUGUUCCAGACAACCACGGGACAGCUCAUCUGUCAGUCAUUGCUGAGGAUGGAAGUGCUGUGGCAGCAACCAGCACCAUCAAUCUAUACUUUGGUUCAAAAGUCAUGUCUCGAUCUACCGGGAUCAUUUUUAAUGAUGAAAUGGAUGACUUCAGCUCUCCAUACAUGACCAAUGGGUUUGGAAUCCCCCCUUCGCCCAACAACUUCAUUCAACCAGGCAAAAGGCCGCUGUCUUCCAUGUGUCCUACUAUCAUAUUUGACAAAGAAAACCAAGUGAAGAUGGUUGUAGGAGCAUCCGGGGGCACAAAAAUCACCACAGCCACAGCAUUAGUAAGUCUAAUUCAUUCAAAUGCAUCACCCUCAUGUUGAUUUGGGUAUGUGAAACCUCACAUACAUGUUGUCAUUUUUCUUACCUAAAAACAGGUCAUCCUCAACUCCUUGUUUUUCAACUAUGACCUAAAGAAAGCCGUGACAGAGCCACGACUUCACAAUCAACUUAACCCAAAUAUGACAGUAGUGGAGCAGGGCUUUGAAAAGAGUGUCCUGGAGGGUCUGGUCCAGAAGAACCAUGUAACCCAGCUGCUAAGGACUCCAGACUCUGUGGUCCAGGCUGUGGUGCGGCAGGGAGAGCGUCUCUGUGCAGAGUCUGACCCCAGGAAAGGAGGCUAUCCAGCGGGAUACUGAGCAUCCCUGCAAUUUCUUCUCAGCUCCCCUCAGCGGGACAGUCUCCUCAAAGACACUCGGACUGAAUCACAAUGAAACGGUGUCUGCACUGAAGACUUAAGGAUUAUUUAAGCUACGGAGACACAGCCACUGCGCCUUCUCUGAGAUUAAUUUAAUCAAACAUGGAAAUUGACUCCACUUCAAUACCUCUUUUACUCAAUUAUUUAACAUUACUUCAUUUCUUUUUUUUGGCAUUAAUUUUGUGUUCUGAAGUAAAAUGAGAGGUUGUAUCUAGUUUGACUCUUGUAUCAUCACUACUGGAUACUGGUCAGGGUUGUAUUUGAGGACUGAAGCAGAAACCAUUUGAACAUUCAUUUCAGUUCAUGUAUGACACAUCAUUAUUAUAAACAUCCAAAUAUAAACCAACGCUGGGAAUGUCAUAUUAAGAAAUGUUCAUAGGUUUCAACAAGAAGUUGGAGGUUGUCGGUGUAGUAAUAUCAUUUCUUUUGUAAGGAAAAACUCUUGUUAAUUACUGGACAAUUUGUUUGGAAAAUGAGGGUUUGUUUAUGUGAAACUGGUGAGGGAAAAUAAAGAAGCAUGGGUUUAAAAAAAUAACAGCUGCAAGCAGGUAUACCAUGAAGACAUCUCAGGUCGUUUGCCUGUUUUACUCAAAUGUCUGCCUACAUCUUUCUCCUGACGUAAGCUGAUCCUGAAAUGGACACUACUCAAAAGGAAACUGGCCGUGUUGUUUUCUACCGUGACACUAUCACUUCUGAUUUGUAAAUGUUUAAUAUCGAGUAGAGGUUAAGUCGAUGUAUAGUGUAUUCUGAAAAAUACAUUUGCAGAUAUAUUUUUCUAAACAUGCAUUGUUCAUAUGCCAUGUUUGUUGCCAUGCUUGUUAUUAAACAUUUUGAACAAAGAUGUUAUA